AUGACCUCCUCUCUCGAGCAACUCAAAGCCGCUGGCACCACCGUCGUUUGCGACUCUGGUGAUUUCCACACCAUCGAGAAAUACAAGCCUCAAGAUGCCACCACAAACCCUUCUCUCAUCCUCGCCGCGUCCAAGAAGCCCGAGUACGCCAAGCUGAUCGACCCCGCGGUCGAGUAUGGCAAGAAGCACGGCAACACCAUUGACGAGCAGGUUGAUGCCACUCUUGACCGACUGUUGGUUGAGUUCGGCAAGGAGAUCCUGAACAUUGUUCCCGGCAAGGUGUCAACUGAAGUUGAUGCCCGAUUCUCGUUUGACACCAAAGCAUCGGUUGAGAAGGCUCUCCACAUCAUCGAGCUCUACAAAUCCAUCGGCAUCGACAAGUCCCGUGUCCUGAUCAAGAUUGCGUCCACAUGGGAAGGCAUCAAGGCCGCGGAGAUUCUGCAAAAGCAGGGAAUCAACUGCAACCUGACCCUCAUGUUCUCUCUUGUCCAGGCCAUCGCUGCCGCCGAGGCCGGUGCCUUCCUCAUCUCCCCCUUCGUCGGCCGUAUCCUCGACUGGUACAAGGCGGCCAUGAAGAAGGACUUUGCGCCAACCGAAGACCCCGGUGUCAAGAGCGUCGAGUCCAUCUUCAACUACUACAAGAAGUACGGCUACAACACCAUCGUCAUGGGCGCGUCCUUCCGCAACGUCGGCGAGAUCACCGAGUUGGCCGGCUGCGACUACUUGACCAUCUCACCCAACCUCUUGGAGGAGCUGUACAACUCGACAGAGGCCGUCCCGAAGAAGCUGGACGCCGCGGCCGCCAGCUCCCUGGACAUCGAGAAGAAGACCUACAUCAACGACGAAGCUACGUUCCGAUUCGACUUCAACGAGGAACAAAUGGCGGUUGAGAAGCUCCGUGAAGGCAUCAGCAAGUUCGCCGCCGAUGCCGUCACGUUGAAGGGUAUCCUCAAGGAAAAGAUCGAGAAGAGCUCUUGA